AUGGAUCAGCAAAUAGCAGAAAAACAUGUUUUGCCAGAUCAGCCACUCAAUAAACAAGAUUGUAUCUCUCCCGGAAUCGAGGAACUCGUCAGAUUAGCAUUCUUACACGUUGUUAUUGUCGGUCAACGUGUAAAUGAAGGGCAUUACGAUAUUUUGAAUCCUGCUGGAGAAGUCAUUCUCCCUCAACUCUGGGAACACUAUGAACAACCUGGAUGGGAAAUUUCCAUCUCAAUUCGGCCAGCACUGGGGCACCCCAGACCAUGCUAUUCACCACCAUCGAUGCCACCAAAUGGACCACCCAAUGCACCAGUACAUGUCAUUGAUAGGUUAACUUGCCCGCCAGAUCCACCAGCUGCGUGCUUCCUUCCUCAUUAUCCACCGGCUGUGUGCUCCCGUUCACAUUAUUUACCCGGCUAUUCCAGCGAUCCAAUUGUCCCAGAGAAAGGAAUUCGUAGACUAUGGCACAAGGUGAAAGGGAUAUUUAUCAAGAAACAGUAA